AAAACUCCUGAUGUGUUACAGUUUUCUCUCGUGUGAUCACUGAACUGAACACAGAUCCACAUCAGACGUCCUCCAGGAAACAUGAAGGAGAUUUUCCACUCAAACUGAGAGUGUGUGUCUGUGUGUGUGUGUUUGUCUCAGAAUGACUGAAGUCCAGCAGAUGAGUGGUUGUGUGGAGGAAGACGAGUACAGAGCAGAGUCUCCAGGACCCAGCGGUCUGUCUGUGAAGAGUGACCAGUCUAUGGGCAAACCUAAUAACUUCAGUGAUGAACCUGGAGCCUCAGAGACAAAAGGUCAGAACCAGAGACAGAGAGCAGAGUCUCCAGGACCCAGCGGUCUGUCUGUGAAGAGUGAUGAGUCUAUGGGAACACCUUUAUACUUCAGUCAUGAACCUGGAGCCUCAGAGACAAAAGACAAGUUUGCUGUGGACAAGCAGACGUCCCGCUGUCCUCUGUGUCAGGACGUCCUGAAGGAUCCAGUCUCCACCAGCUGCGGUCACCGGUUCUGCAGACGCUGCAUCUCCUCAUACUGGGACCAGUCUGGUCCACCAGGAGACUCCUGCUGUCCCCAGUGUGGACAAAGACCCAGGACAGGACGUGGACCACAGGGCAUCUUUGCAGAUGUUGGUCUGCAGAAGGUUCUAGAUGAACAUAAGAUCAGUCUGAGGAGCAGAUUUGAACAUGUGACUGAAGGAACUGAAGGAACAGGAAGUAGAACCCUCCUGAACAGGAUCUUCACUGAGCUCUACAUCACAGAGGGACAGAGUGAAGAGGUCAAUACUCAACAUGAGGUGAUGCAGCUGGAGACGACCUCCAAGAAGAAGAUGGUCCAGGACACUCCCAUCAAGUGCUGCGACAUCUUUAAAGCCUUACCUGACCAGCAGGGGAGCAUCAGAGUCGUCCUGACCAACGGCGUCGCUGGUGUUGGAAAAACCUUCUCGGUGCAGAAGUUCACUCUGGACUGGGUCGAGGGUUUGGAAAACCAGGAUGUGAAUCUGCUGAUUGUGCUCUCGUUCAGGGAGCUGAACCUGAUCAGAGAUCAGCAGCACAGUCUUCUCACGCUGCUCCAUGUUUUCCAUCCAACAUUAGAGAAGGUCAGAGCAGAGGAGUUCGCUGUCUGUAAACCUUUGUUCAUCUUUGACGGCCUGGAUGAAAGCAGACUUUUACUGGACUUCAGCAGCAGGACGCUGGUUUCUGACGUCACACAGAGGUCAUCAGUCAACGUGCUGCUGACCAACCUCAUCCAUGGGAAUCUGCUUCCCUCGGCUCUCGUCUGGAUAACUUCUCGACCUGCGGCGGCCAAUCAGAUCCCUCCUACAUGUGUUGCCAGGGUAACAGAAGUACGAGGCUUCACAGACGACCAAAAGGACGAGUACUUCAGGAAGAGAUCCAGAACUGAAGAUCUGUCCAGCAGAAUCAUCUCACACAUCAAGACGUCCAGGAGCCUCCACAUCAUGUGUCAAGUCCCAGUCUUCUGCUGGAUCAGUGCUACAGUUCUGGAGCACAUGUUGACCACAGAGCAGAGAGGAGAGCUGCCCAAAACCCUGACAGACCUGUACUCACACUUCCUGCUGGUUCAGACCAAGUGGAAGAAAAACAAGUACGAUAAAGGACGUGAGACGAGUCCACGGGAGCUGACGGAGGCCGACAGGGACUUUCUUCUGAAGCUGGGGAGGCUGGCCUUUGAACAUCUGCAGAAAGGAGACAUCAUGUUCUACCAAGAAGACCUGGAGCGGUGUGGUCUUAGUGUGACAGAGGCCUCGGUGUACUCAGGAGUUUGUACAGAGAUCUUCAGAAGAGAGAAUGUGAUCUUCCAGAAAUCAGUCUACUGCUUUGUUCAUCUGAGCGUUCAGGAGUUUCUGGCUGCAGUCUACAUGUUCCACUGUUUCACCAACAGGAAGACAGAGGUACUGCAGGACUUCUUCAAACAAGAAGUUAAUGAUGAUGAUGAUGAUGAUGGUGGUUACACUUCUCUGGAUGUGUUCCUGAAAGCAGCCAUGGAGAAAUCCCUUCAAAGUGAAAAUGGUCACCUGGACCUGUUUGUUCGCUUCCUUCAUGGACUCUGUCUGGAGUCCAACCACAGACUCUUAGGAGGUCUGCUGGGUCAGACUCAGAACAGAAAAUCAGAAAUCAUCCAGAGGGUCAUUGAGAACCUGAAGGAGAUGAACACAGACAACAUCUCACCUGACAGAAGCAUCAACAUCUUCCACUGUCUGACAGAGAUGAACGAGCAAUCAGUGCAUCAGGAGAUCCAAGAGUUCAUGAAGUCAGAGAACAGAAGACAGGAACUCUCUGAGAUCCACUGCUCAGCUCUGGCCUACAUGCUGCAGAUGUCUGAGGAGGUUCUGGAUGAGUUGGACCUGGACAAGUACAGAACAUCAGACCAGGGGAAACAGAGACUGAUUCCAGCUGUGAGGAACUGCAGGAAGGCUCGGUUGUAUAACUGCAGUUUGACAGAGAUCAGCUGUUCUUCUCUGGUCUCAGCUCUGAAGUCCAACCCCUCACACCUGAAAGACCUGGACCUGAGGUGGAACCAGCUGCAGGAUUCAGGAGUGAAGCUGCUGUGUUCUGGACUGGAGAGUCCACAUUGUAGACUGAAGACUCUGAGGUUGAGUCACUGCAGGUUGACAGAGAUCAGCUGUUCUUCUCUGGCCUCAGCUCUGAAGUCCAACCCCUCACACCUGAGAGACCUGAACCUGAGUGAUAACCAGCUGCAGGAUUCAGGAGUGAAGCUGCUGUGUUCUGGACUGGAGAGUCCACAUUGUAGACUGGAGACUCUGGGGUUGAGGGGCUGUAGUUUGACAGAGAUCAGCUGUUCUUCUCUGGUCUCAGCUCUGAAGUCCAACCCCUCACACCUGAGAGACCUGGACCUGAGUGAGAACCAGCUGCAGGAUUCAGGAGUGAAGCUGCUGUGUUCUGGACUGGAGAGUCCACAUUGUAGACUGGAGACUCUGGGGUUGAGGGGCUGCAGUUUGACAGAGAUCAGCUGUUCUUCUCUGGCCUCAGCUCUGAAGUCCAACCCCUCACACCUGAGAGACCUGGACCUGAGUGAGAACCAGCUGCAGGAUUCAGGAGUGAAGCUGCUGUGUUCUGGACUGGAGAGUCCACAUUGUAGACUGGAGACUCUGAGGUUGAGUGACUGCAGUUUGACAGAGAUCAGCUGUUCUUCUCUGGUCUCAGCUCUGAAGUCCAACCCCUCACACCUGAAAGACCUGAACCUGAGCUGGAACCAGCUGCAGGAUCCAGGAGUGAAGCUGCUGUGUUCUGGACUGGAGAGUCCACAUUGUAGACUGGAGACUCUGGGGUUGAGUCACUGCAGGUUGACAGAGAUCAGCUGUUCUUCUCUGGUCUCAGCUCUGAAGUCCAACCCCUCACACCUGAGAGACCUGGACCUGAGGUGGAACCAUCUGCAGGAUUCAGGAGUGAAGCUGCUGUGUUCUGGACUGGAGAGUCCACAUUGUAGACUGGAGACUCUGGGGUUGAGUGACUGCAGUUUGACAGAGAUCAGCUGUUCUUCUCUGGUCUCAGCUCUGAAGUCCAACCCCUCACACCUGAGAGACCUGGACCUGAGUGAUAACCAGCUGCAGGAUUCAGGAGUGAAGCUGCUGUGUUCUGGACUGGAGAGUCCACAUUGUAGACUGGAGACUCUGGGGUUGAGUCACUGCAGUUUGACAGAGAUCAGCUGUUCUUCUCUGGUCUCAGCUCUGAAGUCCAACCCCUCACACCUGAGAGACCUGGACCUGAGUGGGAACCAGCUGCAGGAUUCAGGAGUGAAGCUGCUGUGUUCUGGACUGGAGAGUCCACAUUGUAGACUGGAGACUCUGAGGUUGAUGGGCUGCAGUUUGACAGAGAUCAGCUGUUCUUCUCUGGUCUCAGCUCUGAAGUCCAACCCCUCACACCUGAGAGACCUGAACCUGAGUGUGAACCAGCUGCAGGAUUCAGGAGUGAAGCUGCUGUGUUCUGGACUGGAGAGUCCACAUUGUAGACUGGAGACUCUGGGGUUGUGGGGCUGCAGUUUGACAGAGAUCAGCUGUUCUUCUCUGGUCUCAGCUCUGAAGUCCAACCCCUCACACCUGAGAAAACUGGACCUGAGUCAUAACCAGCUGCAGGAUUCAGCAGUGAAGCCUCUGUGUGAUCUUCAGAAGAGUCCAGACUACAGACUGGAGACUCUGAGGUGGGAGCCAUGAAUGUGUGUGUGUGUGUGUGUGUGUGUGUGUGUGCGUGUGUGUGUGUGUGUGUGUGACGCUGCUUCCACAGAUCUGUGACAGAACUCCAACGAUGAUGGUGUGAUUUUUCAGUCCUAACGUCCUGAACCUGUGACGAGCUGUUUCAACAUUUAACAUAAUGUGUCUUUAAUCCAAGAGUAUUCAUCUACAAUGUUAAUAAUAUCCAUCACCUUUAUUACAUGAUGUAUAAUUACAUAUCUAACAGUUUAACCCUGACCAGUCAACAUGUGUUUCCUUUUCAUUUGCAUCAGUUCAAUGUAUCUAUGUUGUCUACUGAUGAGUUUUAAAAAAUGCUUUUUAAAUAUUUGACAGAAUAAUUGAUUAAAGAUUCAAAAACUCUGAACUCCAGCACAUGAGAGCUAAUGAAAAUAAUGCCUGGUCCACAGUAUGUGGAGCUAAAGAGAGUGUCCUAAAACACCAUCAAGUCCUAAAACGCCAGCAAGUCCUAAAACACCAGCAAGUCCUAAAACACCAUCAAGUCCAAAAACGCCAGCAAGUCCUAAAACACCAGCAAGUCCUAAAACACCAGCAGGUCCUAAAACACCAGCAAGUCCUAAAACACCAGUAAGUCCUAAAACGCCAUCAAGUCCUAAAACACCAGCAGGUCCUAAAACACCAGCAAGUCCUAAAACACCAGCAAGUCCUAAAACGCCAUCAAGUCCUAACACACCAGCAAGUCCUAACACGCCAGCAAGUCCUAAAACACCAGCAAGUCCUAAAACACCAUCAAGUCCAAAAACGCCAGCAAGUCCUAAAACACCAGCAAGUCCUAAAACACCAGCAGGUCCUAAAACACCAGCAAGUCCUAAAACACCAGUAAGUCCUAAAACGCCAUCAAGUCCUAAAACACCAGCAGGUCCUAAAACACCAGCAAGUCCUAAAACACCAGCAAGUCCUAAAACGCCAUCAAGUCCUAACACACCAGCAAGUCCUAACACGCCAGCAAGUCCUAAGACGCCAGCAAGUCCUAAGACGCCAGCAAGUCCUAAAAUGCCAGCAAGUCCUAAAACACCAGCAGGUCCUAAAACACCAGCAAGUCCUAAAACACCAGCAAGUCCUAAAACGCCAUCAAGUCCUAAGACGCCAGCAAGUCCUAAAACGCCAUCAAGUCCUAAAACACCAGCAAGUCCUAAAACACCAGCAAGUCCUAAAACGCCAUCAAGUCCUAAGACGCCAGCAAGUCCUAAAACACCAGCAAGUCCUAAAACACCAGCAAGUCCCAAAACACUGGUAUGUCUGUCUGCUUAUUCUGUUUGUGUGUUUCCACCGGCUUUACUCGCCUCGCCUCGCCACGGCACAGUUUAAGUAGCGUUUCCACUAGCCUAGUACCUGGUUAGACGAGGUUCCAAGCGUGCUUAAAAGCAGGUACUAGGCGAUGAUUGGUCAGACUGCCGGCCGCUGAGUCCCGUCACAGGAAGAGACCUCCCACACACAAAUCAAGCCGAACAGCUCCGAACUGUAGAUCAUUUAAAACUACUUAACAAUCCUAACAACAUGGGUUAAUGUCCAACAACUACAGAAGUGUGGUGUGAAGUCACGAGACACUAGUGUGUGUGUGUGUGUGUGUGUCGCGUAUAAAACACAGUUUCACUCAGCCGUGCAGUGAUGACUCACAUGUUUGCUUCAGAGACUCUGUCUGAACUUUCAGUGGAUUUUUCUGCACUCUUUGUCCAGUCCCACGUUGAUCCCGCGCCUGUGUUUCUUACGCAUAUUUGAGGAUCUCCGUUCCUGUGUCCCGCGUUGUUUUUCCUGUGUGAGAAUAAAGACUGUUUCUUACCACCA